AUGGGACAGUCAAGUCGCGCAAAUUCUUUCCAUAAUCUUAAAUCCCUUUACGUGGAUGGAUGCAAUAAGCUAGUGAACCUUGUUCCUUCUUGCAUUCUAGGACGACUCUUGAGCCUAGAAAUUUUGAAGGCAAGCAACUGCGGUGCACUUGAAGUUGUUUUUGAACUUCAACCACUGAACCAUCUAGAUAGAAAUCCUAUUGCUAUUCCAUUAAAAGUGCUGACGGUAUCAACAUUACCAAAGCUAAAGUGUGUAUGGGAUAAGGAACUCCACUGUCAAGUUAAGUUCCAAGGUCUACGUUCUAUUAGCGUUUCUAGAUGCGAGAGCCUUUCUUCUCUGUUUCCAACCUCAGUAGCCAAAGAUCUCAUGCAACUUGAGGUGUUGAAGAUCGAUCAAUGUGGCAUUGCAGAAAUCAUCGAAAAGGAAGAUGGACUAGUUCCUAGGUUUGUAUUCCCAAAGUUAACCACUCUUGAGCUUAAGUAUCUGAGAGAGUUGAAGUGCCUCUACAUUGGAACACAUACUUCCCAUUGGCCGGCAUUGAAGAGAUUGGAGGUGCAUGGUUGUGACAAAGUGGAGAUACUUGCAUCGUACCUUGAGAAUGAGAUGCCAGUUGAUAAACAGCCUCUCUUCUUGGUAGAAAAGGGCGCAUUCCCUAAUCUCCAAGAGUUAAAAUUGGAUUUAUCGGAACGGAUGGAGAUAUGGCAUGGGCAUUUUCAUGAUGGAGAAUUCUUUUGCAAGCUUAGUUUGCUUAAGCUUCGUUAUCUCUCCCAAGAGUCUUCAAUAUCCACAUGUCGUUUUGUUGAGAGUUUAACCAACUUGGAAGAGCUGGUUGUAUGUGAAUCUUAUCUAGAAGACUCAAGCAGCAAUGAGGAAGCCAUAGAAGGCACAAGUCAUGAGAUGAAAGUAAUAUUACCCUUUUCAAGAUAUAUUCAACAUUUGCAAACUCUAGAUGUGUCACAUUGUGAUGGGUUAUCAAAAAUGUUCACACCGACAAUUGCUAAAAAUUUGGUGGCACUCACAAAAUUGAAGAUAAGUAAUUGUAGAAUAUUGACAGAAGUCAUUAAUGAUGAGAAAGGUGGGGAGGGGCAUGUGGUGGCUUUCAAUCAAUUGAAGUAUAUGGAGCUUGAUGGGUUGACAAGGUUGAGGAGUUUCAACUCAAGUGGAUACACUUUGAUGUUCCCACUCUUGGAAGAUAUCAUCGUGACUAGGUGUCCCAACAUGAAGUUUUUCUCUCAAGGACCAAUAGAGACAUCAAAGUUAAAGAGAGUUCAAGUAACAAAGGAAAAGUGGUUUUGGGCGGAAACCUCAACAUCACCAUCCAAAAUAUGUUUGAAGAAAUGGGCACGUUUGCUGGAGUAGAGAAAAUGCUGCUAUCUGACUUCCCCCGGCUGAUUGGAAAAUGGCACAGCGAACUUAAUCCCAUCAAGUCGUAUUGGCAAUUAAAAUCAAUGGUGGUAGAUAAAUGUCCAUCAUUUGUUAAUGCUAUUCAAUCCAGAUUGAUGCUUGUCCUAGACAAUCUAGACUAUUUGCAAGUGCGCGACUGCGAGUUGCUUGAAGAAAUAUUUGAUUUGGAAGGGCUGGAGGUUGUGGAAAGCACUCGAAUACUACCUCAGCUACAGGAAUUGGACUUAGUCAAUCUACCAAAAUU